AUGAUGAGCUACCAACAUCGCCCCAUUGUCAAAGAACGGGCGGCUGAAAAGGCUUGGCCCCUACCCCAGCCCGCCUCGGACGGUCCUAUUUCCGUCCAGCGGAGCGCCCGCACUAACGAUGUGCUCCUAUUGCUCUUCGUCAUGGGCUGCGUCGAACGAAUGCGGCGGCGUCAAAAUGCAGUGCUAGGUCUCCAAUACCUGCUUUUGGACAAAAAGAAGUGCCGAAAGAAGAGUCUACGAAAUUGA